AUGGCGCUUCUCUGCUUCGUCGUCGACGCCUCGCGCCUCCAGGGCGCUGUUCUUGGAUCGAUCCAGCAGUGCCUGUUGCGGCUUGCCAAUCUGGCGGUGUUGCGAGCACACCGGAGCGGCGCGCUGGCGGCGAUCGAGAGCAUAGGCCUGUGCGCCAUCAAAUUCGAUCCGGGGCAGAAAUCUUACAAGCUGGAGAUUGUCUUUGAGCCCCGAGCGCCUUUCAGCUACAGAGAUUUCCACUACGCUGUUGUGAAUGGUCUCACGGCUGCUUCUGCGAUGCCCCAAGAAGGAACUGGACAGGUGUCAAGCUUGUCUUCUCUACUUUCAAGUCAGUGGUCGCCAGAAACAGCAACCAAGAGAAUUGUAGUGAUCACCAAUUGUUUCUGUGAGCCCGCUGCAUCCUUUAGACAGGCAAUUCUCGAAGCAGCGGCCAGAUGCAUCAUGAUUGACUUCAUCGAGCUCGACCUCUCCGAUCAUACCAACGACCAAUGCCUGUACCCACAGCCCAAGCUCACAGGAGAAUUUCAUGUCGAUAUCACGGAGUUCGAGAACUGCACCUUUCAGAGACUGCAAUGGAAUUCAGCAAACAUGUCACGCCUCGUCAAAGAGUGGCUGCGAGAACUUGGAACCGAUGACGAAGGGUCACUCGAAGGAGUGCUUUGCUUCCAGUCACCUUUGCUCAACUCUACCAGGAAGAUUUUUUGCACGCUUUAUCCCGCCGUGUUGCGACUUCAUGACGUGAUAAAACCAUGCCAGGCCUGUCGGUGCCAUGGAUUACCGCUCGGUUCAAUCUUACACUGCAAGAGAGCGAUUUGUCCCGUCACAGGAAGUGACCUGGAUGAACAUGAUCUUGCAAGAAGCUGUCUUCAAGUUGGAGAGGACACGGUAAUGCAAAUGCCUUCGCUGGUUGCUCCUCCGGAGCCUGGUGCAGCUGCUUACUUCCACGUAAUUGGCUCCGUCUAUCUAGCGCUGCUUAGUGAAAGUGUGCUAUUUGGCAUGCCGUACGUGCUGGUUUCUUCUUCGGAGGCCGACAUUGAACUAAAUCCUGGAGGGGCUGAUUCAACAAACAAUGAUCACGUCUUCGCAGCUCUUUGCCAAGAGUUGCACUCUAAGGACACGGGCCUUCUCUGUAAGUCCGACACCGACAUUGAAACUGGAUGUCCUACUUCGUUCGUCUGUUUCUACAUUCUGUUGCCGUCACAAAAUGGCUCUCUCCUGGCCAAGAGAAUUGCCACGUCUGAGGAGCUGCUGCCUUUUCCUCCAGCCAUGCGCACCGCAACAAGCGUGCCUGACGAUGUGAGGGACAUGGUCAGCUUGUCUUUAUCCAAGAUGGAAGCGCAAUCAUACGAUCCAUUGCAGCAUGAACGAGGCUGCGACUCGAAGCUUCGCAACGUUGUAAGCGAAAGCUUGCAGUUUCGUUCGUCAGCUCCGGAAGAGAUGAGCCUCAGACCAAAUAAGCAGUUUGUAACGGCAACCGCGGUUCUGGCUCAGAGCGCUGAGCAACCAGUUGGAAGGCUUCGGAAGAAUCUUCAUAACGUUCUUCCUAGGCAGCAAAAUUCAACAACACAAAAGCCAUCAUUGCCGCUCAACGCCUCACAAGUUUCCAAAGGAAGGUCGAGGAAGACGAAGUCGUGACAAUGCAAGCGUCUAACAAGGUCAACGUGAAUAAAACCAGCGUUUUAACUGCAAGAGCUAAGAGUUCCGCGGGCAUACAGUGGCCGCCGUUAAGAGAUUCCGACAAUGCCUGAUUCACU